AUGCAGCGAAUAGUCACUUCACUCGAACAAUGUAUGCCUAGUUGUACUAUAGAACGUUCAUUAACAAAAGAUCAAAUAAUAUCAACUAUUAGUUCAUGGCUAACAAAGCAUUGUACAAAAAUUGCUGUUUUUUCCAUUAGUAAUAAUCUUCUUUAUUCAUGGCGAGAUGCUUAUUAUAGUAAUAAUAUUCCACAUAUUGAUCAUGUCAUUCAAGUAUUUACUAGUUUAUAUCGAGAAUUCUAUUUAUUAGAUCAUUUAACUAAUAUUCUUAUAUCUGAAUAUCAUUCAUUAUAUACAUACGAUUAUGCUAUACUUUGGUGUAAUACAGAUUUGACGAAACGUGAAGUUCGUCUGUCAUGGCGUUGUUCGAUUGUUAAUUGGCUAAUUGGUAUACAACGUAAAAAUAAUAUGAAACCGGAAGUAACUCAACAUGCUGUUCGAUUAAUCGAUGCUAUUGAUACAUUAAAAGGACGUAACGAACGAACAUAUCAAUUACGUGCAAUGGCUUUUUUUAUUCUCUCUGCUAAAUUUCACAAUCGUAGUCGUAUUAGAAUGGAAGAAUUCUCACGUUAUGCAGCAAAUGCAUUUGAACCACGUGAAAUAGGUGAUUGUAUGCGUACUGUCAACAAUGAACUAAAUUUUGAAGUUCAGUUACCUCUCGUGUUUGAUUUUCUUGAAUUAUAUCUCGAAUUAAAUUCGAAUGAAACUUUUCAAUUAAAUACUCCCAAGAUUCGUGCAUUAGCAAUUUUGUUUAUUCAUGUUGUUUGUAUUCAAUCAUGGUCAAGUUGUUUUAAUGCAUCGCUAGUGGCUGGUUCUGUUCUUAUACUGUGCUUGAAAUUUUUACAAGAUAAAACAUCAAUUCCACAAUUGUGCUCCAUUGUUUGGUUAUUUGAUCAUUCAAUUGAGCUUAUGCUUGGUCUUGCUGGUUACAUUGCAUUGAUCGUAAGCGAUAUGCCAAGCAUACCACGAGAUCGAUCAAAUUAUUAUUUUUAUGCGCAUAAAAUGUACAAUGAUGAAUGCCGUCAUAAGAUUGAUGAUGAUUUUAAAUUUGAUCAUGUUAAAACAUUUUGUCGAAUAUUUGUUCAAACAUCUGAUAUUAAUCGGCAAAUAUCAUGUGGAAUGCGAAGUCUUGUUUUUAAUCAAUUAUGUAUAUUAGAAAACGCUUAUCCAUCGUUGUUGUGUAUGAAUAUGAAUCAAAAUAGGUCGGAUGAUAUCAAAGAUAAAUGUCGAUCAAUGCAGUUUACAAUUCGAGUUGUAUUAGCAGCAAAGCGUUUUGCAAAACAUAUUUUAGAGAAACGCAAAACAAUGCAACAAUUAAAAGCAACAUCAUUGAUUGAGUGA